AUGCGUCUUUCAGUAUGUCUGUGCAUUGUGCUUAUUAGCUUUUUGGAGGGAGUGAGCUGUUCAUGUCCUUCACAGUGCACCUGCGAUUAUCAUGGCAGAAAUGACGGCACGGGAUCAAGGUCGGUGCUAUGUAAUGACCUGGAUAUGAACGAGGUCCCUAUGAACUUCCCUGUGGACACUGUGAAGCUACGUAUAGAGAAGACUGUCAUCCGCAGAGUUCCCGCAGAGGCCUUCUACUACCUGGUGGAGCUUCAGUACCUCUGGGUGACUUACAAUUCCGUGGCCAGCCUUGAUGCCAGCAGCUUUUACAACCUAAAGCAGCUGCAUGAGCUGCGGUUGGAUGGAAAUUCUCUGACUGCUUUCCCUUGGGCAUCUCUGCUGGACAUGCCCCAGUUGAGGACCCUGGAUUUGCACAACAACAGAAUAACCAGUGUACCUAAUGAGGUGGUCAGGUACCUGAAGAACCUCGUCUACUUGGAUUUAUCAAGCAACAGGCUAACCACACUACCCCCAGAUUUCCUGGAGAGCUGGCCCCACUUACUUACAACAUCGUCAAGAAGCCUGGACCUUUCGCCACGAAGAAUUAUUCUUGGUCUGCAGGACAACCCUUGGUUCUGUGACUGUCACAUUUCUAAAAUGAUCGAGUUGUCAAAAGUUGCUGACCCUGCUGUAGUGCUUCUUGACCCACUGAUGAUUUGUAGUGAACCUGAGCGCCUGUCAGGGAUUUUAUUUCAGCGGGCUGAGUUGGAACAGUGCUUGAAGCCAUCAGUGAUGACGUCGGCCACCCAGAUCACAUCUGCUCUGGGCAGUAAUGUUCUGCUGCGGUGUGAUGCUACUGGCCAGCCUACUCCACAGCUCACAUGGACCAGAUCAGACAGCUCGCCAGUUAAUUACACAGUCAUUCAGGAAUCUCCAGGGAAAGGAAUCAGAUGGUCCAUAAUAAGUUUGACAGGUAUUUCUUACAAGGAUGCUGGGGAUUACAAAUGUAAGGCCAAAAAUUUGGCUGGGAUGUCAGAAGCUGUGGUUACCGUGACAGUGGUUGGUGUUGCCACAACCACCGUAUUAUCAGACACCCCUGAAAGAACCGGAGAUCACCUUGAGCAAAGAGUCCAGCCAGGAUCUAGAUCUACAUCUACACCCGGUUCAGUGUCAUCACCCUGGUCCUCUAACUCCUCUUCCUCCCUUGCUUCUUCCAUUUUUCUUUCUACUUCUACUUCAUCUCCUCCCUCCAGCGCUUUCUUCUCAUCUCCUUUCCUCUCUUCCAUUGUUUCUUCAACCACAACUCCAAGAACCAGAAUUUCAACAAACCCCACCUUGUUCAGCCAACAGUCACUCCAGCUGCGCCCAGGUGGGAAAAGAAAUUUAAAGGUGGAGAUGGGUAGAAGUAAGGUUCCUUCAGCUAGUGCAAGCAAAAAAGAAGAGUUGGUAUCGUUGGAUCAAGCAAUGCCAAUGGAGACAAAUGCCACAAUAGCAAAUCUCAGGGUAGUCAGCAAGACUGAAGAGAGUGUGACUUUGCUGUGGAACACUUUCAACACGACGCGUAAGUCCGAGGUGGCCAUCUUGUAUUCCAAGUAUGGAGAGAAGGACCUGCUGCUGCUGAAUGUAGACUCCAGCAAGAACCAAGUAACCAUAGAUGGCUUGGAGCCUGGCAGGCAAUACAUAGCAUGUGUCUGUCCAAAGGGAGUGCCUCCCCAGAAGGACGAAUGUAUCACCUUUACUGUUGACAGAGUUGAAGAAGAAGGUGAUUCUCAAGUGUCUUUCCUUAUCGUGGUGAGCGGUACUGCCUGUAUUGUUGUCUUGCCAUUGAUCUUUUUCCUGUUGUACAAAGUUUGUAAACUGCAAUGUGGGUCAGAGUCCUUUUGGGAAGAUGAUUUGGCAAACGAAACUUAUAUCCAAUUUGAGACCCUGUGCCCCAGGUCUCAAAGUAUAGAGGACCUUUGGACGCAAAGGCACAGAGAUGAUUCAGAAAAAUUGCUGCUUUGUUCUAGGUCAAGUGUGGAAUCUCAGAUGACUUUUAAAAAUGAAGGUUUGAGACCAGAGUAUUAUUGCUAA